AUUGAAAACAAUUACUUACUGCAGAAAUAUUUGUUUUUAUGUGUGGGGAAUUAAAUACCUGUAAUGGAGAAACCGCAGAUAAUUUUACACGCUGAAAAUCCUUUAAACUAUACAAUCUUUGAUACCAAAUGGAUGCCGAUUAGUACUAAAUUUGUUGCGUUAGGAACACACACGAAAGGAACUGGCGCGUUGCAGAUAUAUGAAAUCUCCGGGGGAAAAGUAAAACUUGUUUCUGAUAUCACCAAGACAAGAGGCUUUAAAUGUGGAACAUUUGGUGCCUCGAGCCUUCAUCAGCGUUUUUUAGCAACUGGUGAUUUUGAAGGUCAUUUGCAGAUUUGGGAUAUGGAGAAACUAGAUAAUCCAAUUUAUACGACCAAAGCUCAUUCACAAAUAAUAAAUGCAAUUGAUGGUGUUGGUGGCUUAGGAAUUGGUGCUGGUGCUCCAGAAAUAAUAACUGGCAGCCGAGAUGGUGGUGUUAAAGUGUGGGAUCCUAGACAAAAAGAUUUACCUGUAGCAACUAUGGAGGCUGAACCUGGUCAGGAUAAAAGAGAUUGUUGGACUGUAGCAUUUGGAAAUGCAUAUAACAAUGAAGAAAGGACAAUUUGUGCUGGAUACGAUAAUGGUGAUAUCAAACUAUUUGAUUUAAAGAACAUGGCCUUGCGUUGGGAGAAUAAUCUUCGAAAUGGGGUCUGUUGUGUUGAGUUUGACAGAAAAGAUAUUGGCAUGAACAAAUUAGUUGCUACAACUUUGGAGUCCAAAUUUCAUGUCUUUGACAUGCGAACUUACCAUAACAAGAAAGGAUAUUCAUCAUUAAUCAAAAAGGCUCAUAAAUCUACUGUUUGGCUUGUGCGACAUCUUCCUCAAAAUAGAGAUAUUUUUAUGACAACUGGAGGAGCAGGAUCACUCUGUUUGUGGAAUUAUGAGUAUCCAUCAAAAAGAUGCAAUGAAGAUGGAUCAUCAAAAGUUGGAGUUAUGGGAGAAGUACAACUGCUCCAAAGCAAUAACAUAUGUUCUCAACCAAUAUCAGGCUUUGAUUGGAAUCCUGAUAAACUAGGGUUGGCUGUUUGUAGUUCCUUUGACCAAAAGCUGAGGGUUAUCAUUGCUACUAAAUUAAAUACUGUGUAAAUGAAACAUACACUCAUUAGAUCUUUAGCUUCAGAUAGUUUGAAGUAACUUUUGUAAAAAAAGUUAUUUUUUAAAGUUUAAAACAGAAUUUUAUGUGCACAUACUUUUUAAGUAUUGCCAUUGUGUUUACUCACAAAUAUGUUAUACCCUUUGCAUUUUCUUAUGUGUUUAUGUAUUCCUGAAGUACAAAUAACUUUCAAUUCAUUCAGAUGCCAUGAACAUUUUAAACACAUAACAUUUUAGACACACAGAAUAUUUGUCUAAAUUUGUGUUUUCACAAGUUAAAAAAUGCUAUUGAUAAGAAAUUAUUGAUUUGGAGCAAUUGGAUAGGAGAAGUGAUGAAGUCAAAAAUUUCCUCAUUCUCUUUUGCCCAAUCAUCUGUUUAUGCAAAAUUAUAAUGCAUAUUGUAAAGCUACUUGAUUGGUUAAAACUUCAAAACCUUUGAAAGUAAAUAAGUAAUUGAAUAAUAAAUAAACAAAUAUGAGUUUUUUUUUAAUUAUUUUUUUUAUAAAGAAAAUGAAGUAUUUUUAAUUGCAUACAAUUUUUAAAGCAUAAAAUUAUUAUUAUUCUUGUCUACUGGACCAAUAUUUGAUAAUCCUAGUCAUUUUUUAAAACUCGAAUUGUGUUGUUUUUAUAAACUGUGUUUACAAUGUUAAAGGGGAAAAUUGCUUGUCACGUCUUGAAUUUUUUCAAUUGUUUUCUAUUUGUUACAAACAGAAAUUUACCAAGCACUUCAAAUUGUUUAAUGUAACAUACUAAUGUAUUAACAGUUCUUUAUUAUGAAUAACCAAAUUCAUGAAACUCAUGUACAAUUUUUGUGAUAUUUUCUACUCUUGCACUUGAAGUUACCUAU